UGGAGGAGUCCGUCUUUGUAAUAAUGAAUGUCGUGCUUUUGUCUGACGGUCCACUUUUCUGUUGUAAUUGCUGAGGAAAGAGAUAUACCAGGAGAGUAUAUACUAGGUACUCGAACCUCUCUUUACUUCCACUCCCACUUCAACUUCUUUUGCAUUGUGUGAUCUUACGUCUCCUCUUUAUAAUAUACGCAACAUAUUAUCAUCCCAAAUCACAUCUCUUUAUCAUAUUUUCUUGCAGCUUGUGAAAUAGAAUUCGAUCACAUCAUCCAGCAGAGAAUUGUGCCAUUUAUCGUUGCCUUUUUGACAUCACUUUCCUCUCUGAAUCUUCAUCUUCGUCAAUUUUAUACUUUAACCCUCAUCUUCCGAAGUAAAACACAAAUACUCUAAUAGAAGAGUUCGUUUACUGGCUCUCGACUUGUUUUCAACAAUAAAAAGGUUUUUUUUUCUCGUUCAAUCACAAAACACAGUCAAAAUGGGAGUCCACCGCGAAUCAUCUGCCUCGAAUCUCGAGUCUGGAUAUGCUUCUGGAGCAUCAUCUCAAAGUUCCCUUCCUCAGAUCGUCCUCACAAAGCCGCACCUCAAAUUCAUCAACUCAACACUCAACAAUCUUCAACCUAUGGAAAUUCUCCGAUGGGCUAAAAUGACUUUCCCAAACCUCUAUCAAACUACUGCUUUUGGAGUAACGGGUCUUGUCACCCUUGAUAUGUUGAGCAAAAUACAGAAGGAAACACCGGAACUACCGAGCAUCGACGCUAUCUUCCUUGACACCUUGUAUCACUUCAACGAAACCCUCGAACUUGUUGAGAAGACCAAAAAGAGAUAUCCAAAUGUCAACUUGCAUGUUUAUAAGCCAGAAGGAUGCCCAACCGUCGAAGAAUUCGAGGGAAAGCAUGGAAAGGAAUUAUGGAAGACCAAUGCUGAUUUGUACGACUGGGUGGCCAAAGUCGAACCCGCACAACGGGCCUACAAUGAGUUGGAUGUUGCUGCAGUAUUGACUGGCCGAAGGAGAAGUCAGGGUGCUAAAAGAGAGAGCUUGGACAUCGUCGAAGUGGAUGAGGCUGGCUUGAUUAAGAUCAACCCAUUAGCAGGAUGGAGUUUCAAGGAGGUACAAAACUAUAUCAAGGAGAACGAUGUUCCAUACAACGACUUGUUGGAUCGUGGAUACAAGAGUGUUGGAGAUUGGCAUUCAACCGAGCCAGUAAAGGAGGGGGAGGAUGAGCGUGCUGGAAGAUGGAAGGGUACUGAGAAGACCGAAUGUGGAAUUCACAACAAACGAUCAAAGUAUGCGCAGUACCUGUACGAAAUGGAACAAAAGCAACAACAAGAGGAGUUGACCGCAGCACUAGAGAAGGUUCAGGUUGGCGAGGAGAAGAUUGAGAAUAUUGUCGUCGGAGUUUAAAAUCAACAGCACUUGCUGUUUUGCUUGACAUAUUUCAUUUUGACGACACUUCUCGGUUCCAGCACAAUGCGCCUUUCAUGGUUGGAGUUUUCGGGUAUAAUAGCGGGGGAAACACAUGGGUUAUGAGCAUUGGAGUUGCAGGCGUUGCAAUAAAGGGAAACAUAUGAUACCUUAGCAUGGUUCCUAGAUUGUUUAGAUCCCUUUUGGAGGCUCGAUCUCUUAAUGCUUAUCAUUAGAGGUUCCAGCCUCGCUAUUUUUAUAGCAAAAACGACUUAAUGAAAGUUACAUUAAUGCAAUUUGGACUCUUG